CAGAUGGCACGGGCUGCUUUGGUUAGGAUAAGCCGGUUCUGAAAGGAGUCCCUGGUGAUUUAACAGCAGAAAAAUCCUCCCUGUGAGCAGCCCUGGCAGUGACAGGCUGGGCGCCCACAGGAAGGCGCCCAUGAUCUCAACGGAGCAGCCCAGGUAUGAAACCUGGUUUGUGCCAGCGUCAGGGUGGAGGCAUUCGUUUACCCAACUGACUGAGAUGGGGCAGGCCCCUGCUUAGACCACAGGCGCUUCUGAAUGGAGGAGGAGAAAGCUCUGUUGCCGAAAAAGCAGACUUUCCUGGGUUAGAGACUCCAAAGUGCAGACCAUUCUGGAAGUCACUCUGACCACAUUCUGAGGGACGCUGGGCACCCCGAGGCACCAUGGGCAACGAGAACAGCACCUCAGACCACCAGAGGACUUCUUCAGCUCAGAGUCCACCGACCCUGCGACCACACGAGGACAGUCGCAUCUUAUCGAGGAAGCAAGGGGACUCGUCCAGAACCCCUGGCCGUGAGGAUUUGUCCAGCGUCGGGUUCAGAGCUUCCACCUCUGCUUCCGAGAGUGCAGCCAGCCUGCAUCUGUGCACUGUGUCCCCAGAGGCGACUGAACCAAGCUUGCACCCCCAGCAGGGCUGGGGGCCAGAAGGUUCUCAACCGCCAGACUCAUCGCUACCUGGGGAGCAGGCGUGCCCAUCGGCCUCCAUGCCCUUCACCGAGUGCCCCCCAGAAGAUUGCUCGGCAAGCCUAGAAGCAAUGCCUGAAGAUGGUCUCCUCGCCCAGAAUCCCAGGAGGGAAGCCUCUCUCAAAGACCCAGGGGACCCUGUGACAACAUUCGUCCCUGAAAGAGACGGCUCUACUCAGCCCAAGGUGGCUGCCACAGAACCCAGCACAGGAGUGGACAAAGACCUGAAGAAAGCCCAGCAGAGCUCUUCCUCCUCCUCCUCCUCCUCCAGUUUGAUGGCCCAGUUGCCUGGAGUUUCCUCGGUGUUUCCUGGGGAGCCAAAGAUUGAGCGUCUGGAUGGAGAAGGCGACUGGCCUGGUGCUUUCCAGUCCCAAGGGAAAGAGGAUGCAGGUGGCUCUUCCCUCCCAGAGUCCGCCACUGCUGCUGCCCAGCCAGCGAUGGAGAGCUCAGCAGGCCCGGAGGAGUCCCCUCUCAAACUCGAGACCGUGGUCCCUCAAAAUCCAAGACCCUCAGGCAGAGACAAAGGCCAAAUGGAGGGGUUGUGUCAGCAUUCAGCAGGUGACUUGGAAUCCCCCAGGGCCUGCCGUUCCCCUAGGAGCAAUUCCGGGGCUGCCCACACAACUGAAAGCAGCCCUGUCUCCCAGGAGAGGCACCGGCAGCAAGAGGGUGUCCAUCUGCUGCCCCCAGAAGUGCCCUGGGACCCACUAGGUCCUGACGCAGCUCUGAGGACCACUGACUCCCGGAAGGGUACUCUGGAUGCCAGCAGUUUUCAAAGCCACCCACAGACAGGGACACUGGCUGAGCCCCAGGCAGUUAUCUGUGCAGCUGCAAGCAGCCUACCGGAUGGGAGACUGCUUGGGAGCGCCGAGGCCCCUGCGCUCACAGGGAUGGAGGAGACACAUCCAGCUUCGAGCCCCGCUGCGCAUCCAGCCGCUUGGAUUUCUGUGCCCACGGAAGGACUUGUGUCAGUUUCUGCGAUUCUGGCCACAGACUCAUUGGACCCAGGGUUGGUGGGCCUGAAGCAGACAUCAGACCUUGAAGGCAUGCAAGAACACCCAGAAGGGAGUCCCCCAGGGGGUCCUUCCCCUUCCAGGUCUGAAGAGACCCAGGAGAGGGCAGCUCUCUGCAGCAGAGAGAAAAGCCAUGUCGUCCCCGGAGGGCUGCCGCCAUCCCCUCCCCUCACCGAGGCUUCAAGCGAAAGUGCUAGAAGGUCAGUGGGACCAGAGGAUGGAUCCCAGGCCUCCAAGGACACUGAAACUCUAGCUGUGGCUGGGGAAGAAAGCAGGUGGCCUGGAGACAGCCCUGGGGGACAGGGGAAAACUACAGAACCCUCUGGUGGUCCAGAGCCUGGGAGCCAAGAGGGAAAGGCAUCUCGGGUCUCCUGCUAUGAGCAUGAGCCAGAGAUGGACAGAGAUGAAAUCUCAAAGCCAUGUGGAGAUCCAGAGAGCAGAGACCUCCUGAGCUCAGGCUCAGCACAGCUAUUUGCAAAGGGGGCUUCCAGACUCGCAGACGGACCCCGAUCUGGGUCAGCAGAAGCAGCUGGGCAGGUCACUGAGACCCAUGUGUCUAUUCCAGAUACCUCACAGUUCCAACUUGAUGAGGACCCUGUCCUGCCUCCAGCCCCCGAUGAAACUGGUGGUCAUGUUGCUCCCCAAGGAGUUGUUCGGGAAAGGUCAGGUUUGCAGACCAAGUGUCCCAGCAUGCUUCAGGGCAAGGAAGGACUGGGAACCACAGAAUCUCUUCCAACUUCAGAAUCAGAGGAAUCAAAUGGCCUGUUGGCUCCUGCUGCAAAGGUUCUACCCAAAGCCCAGGAGGUGGAGAGCACAUUGACAACAAUGACAGCAAGCCACCCUCACCCGCAGAGGACCUGCAGCCAUGAUGUGGAAGGCUUGCUGGCACCCCCAGCCCACCGUUGUGGGCCAGCGCUUGAUAUAGCUGGACAGGAAGUCCAUUCAAUUGUGCCCAAUGCCCCUGAUGGGGAGACCUCAGCAGAGAGCUGUGACCUCAUGGUGAUGCUCAGUGUGGAGCGAGAUUGUCAGGGGAAACCAUCAUGGCCAGGGGACAGGCUCCCUGCUCCUUCUGAGAACCAUCAGCAGAUGGCCCAACGAGACUCAGAAGCGCCCAUCUUUGCUGGAUGCGGGGAGAUGGCUCAACCUACUGCAAAUGGGAAAGGGGCUUAUCCAGGGGGCCCAGGUUUUAAGCAGGGUGUGGAUUCUUCCCAAAUUCUGGCGCCUGGGGAGCCAUUGGUGAAUGUGACCUUGCCCGUUCAUGAAGCAAAGAAACAGGCUUCUGGAUCAGAAGGUCAGAGUGAGCUCCCCAGAGGCAGUCUAUCUGAUGCUCCAGGUCCAUCUUCCAAGGACUCGGAGAAGUCAGAAUUGUCAACCCCAACAGGACAGAAGUUGUCUACACUAGGAGAGGAUGGGCAAGUGGGGGCAUGUGGUGAUGGUCAGUCCUCGGGGCUCUCACCUUCUCCAGCCAGCAUCUUAAAAGACUCUUCUCUCAAAGGGACUUUGGGUAUAAAAGAAAGUUGCUGUGCUGGGCAGGGGCUGAGCAAGUCUGAGCAAGAGCUGGCCGGUGCUUUGAAAGCAGCCAGGCAGCGCGGAGAAGCAGGCGUCUCUGGAGCAGGUGAUGCCUGGCCCGUGCCCCAGGGCUUAGGCAAGACAGGGAUGGCAAGUAGCAACACAGCAGCAGCCCCGCCUUGUCCACCUGACUCAGUAGCUUUCCUGUCUGUAGCACACUGUCCGUCAGCCCCAGUGCCUACCGCUCCUGGGGUCACACCCACCCAGGAUGCUCCAGAGGGAGAGGCUUGUGAUGAAACCCAGGAAGGCAGGCAGCAGCCGGCACUGGCCCCACAGCAGAAAAUGGAGCCGGUGGCCCCCUCGUCCGAAACAGCAGCUCUCGAGCUUCUUGGAAGUUUCCCCGCAGCAGAGGUGCAAGGCGGUGAAGGUGGGGCAGCCGAGGUCAGUGAGCAUGCCAGCAAAAGAGACGCCAGCCUGUGUCAGGCUCCAGAAGGACCAGAAGCCACCCCGAGCGGAGGCUCCGUUCAGACGGAGCAGGGCCUCACUGCCGCCGGGAAAGAGGUUUCCACCUCGGCCUUGGCCAAGCAGCCCGGGUCCGGCUGCGGAGAUGCCCUGCUGACGGCUGGGGUUUCCAGCAGGAUUGCGGGCACUUUGGCACAUCAAGCUGUCCAGGACCCAAGGAGGAACCUUCCAUCCGGGGCUCCUGAAGAGGCUGUGCCUGAUGCCCCUUACCUGUACCUGAAUGAUGCUGUUGGGAAAAGAGCCGAAGACGGUGACGUGACAGCUGUUUGGUCUGAGAGCCCCCGAGAGGAGCCCCCGCUUGCCUGGGAAAAUGCCACCUCUGGGAAGGCGUCUGCUGCCUCACUAUUGCCUCCGGGAGCCGCGGAUGGAGAAAGCUCUGAGGCGGGAGCCAGCAGCAGUGGCUCGCCGGCCAGGGCCACUGAGGGGCCUGUGGGUUCCUGUAUGGACGGGUUGCCCAUCCUGGCCAAGGACAAGCAAGUGAUGGAAGCGGAGAAUGUGGCUGUGACUCCAGUUGCAGGUGUCAAGCCCUCUGCGACACCUGCUGGAGAAGAUACUGCAGGAGAGAUGGAGGGCAGCGGGGAGAGGGCGGUGGAACCUUCCCCAGAUGCACCUAGGGGUACACCGGGCAGUGGGGGUGCCAGCGUGAGGCAGACGUGCACGAUCGGGGCGCUGCCUGACUUCAGGGAACACAUCACCAAAAUCUUUGAGCAGUCUGUGCUCGGAGCUCUGACUAGCGAUCGGCCCCACAGUCUACCUGGCGAAAAGGCAGGAGCUGUAGGGAAUGUAGUGGGCAAGGAUCUUGCCAUACCACCCAGCCCAGAGAAGCUUCUAGAUGGGGCUACAGGAGUGGCUGCUGCCCUCUUUCCUGAACUUCCUGCUGGACUCUGGGUGGAGCAGAAGCAGGUUGAGAUGUCUCAUCUGGUCCCCCAGGAUUCUGCUCCAGGGAAGCUGGUGACAGGACCCGUCCUGGGGGAAAGCCUGCCAAGUGCCAGUGCUGAACAGCAGGAGGUGACCCGUGUCCCACUGACGGUGAGAUGUGAAGGACCAGAGGGGUCUGAUGAGUCCUGUCUGGGCCUGGGAGGCCAGGCUCACUCACAGCUGGGGAGGAAGAGCCAGGAAGUAGCAUGUGGCCUUUCCUCGCUGGCGGCUGCUCAGGGGACACCUGGAAAGAGAGCCGCUAGCUGCCCUGUGGCUCCCCAGAGCUGUGGAGCAGAGGCCUCUGUUCGAGGCUCUUCAGGAACCGAGCACCAUCAGCACAGAGAUGGCACCCGAGACUUUGCCCACACAGACAGUCCCAGAUCCACCUCUGCCCUGGAAGCCCCUUCUGCCUGCAGAGAUGUUUCAAGUGUGCCCCAGCCUAACAGAGAGCCCCGGACCCCUGAGACACUCGGGGGUGAGAGGAGGCCUGCCAACUUAGUGGAAAUGCAAAAUACCCCAGGCCACCAGGAUAUCCCAGAACCACUGGCUGGAAAAGUGCUGGAUAUCCCCCUGGAGCCCAGCAAGGUGGCAGGAUCUGCUGGGGGAAGAGGUGACGUCAUCCUGAGCACGGCCGAGACAUGUGCCUCAGGUGACCUGCCUAAAACAGGUGCUACGAGGCCGCUUUCUGGCGUGGCCGGUGACUCAGCGCUGCCUGCGAGUUAUCAGGAUGCAGGAUGCUCCGACAGGGCGCAGACACUGGAGGACACAACCAUGCCGGUAGACAACCAGGCUAGGGACCAGCAGGCCAAGGAAGCGCUAGGCCCUGAGCUCUCUGCUCCUGCCGGACACAGGAAGGCGAGUGUCUCUUCACCCCCGGAGCCGGGAGAAACUGGAGACUCAGAGCUGCACCUCUUGGCUCCAGAAGAACUCCACACUGACAGUUCCAGAAAGAGCCUUGGGCCUGGCCCAGCCACCACCGCGCCUUCAGUUCCUGAGGAGGAUGUUCAAAGAGUCACUUCAGAUGAGGCCAGAGUUGCAGGAGGCCCGGAAAGCUCCUGGGACACUGAUGAGGUCAUCCAGCCAGCUGCUCCCCCACACCCGGGAAACCCACCUUUAGCUGCCUCUUCUCGUCUCAGCGAGGCUGCCGGCCCGGUCUCUGUGGACCUGACAGCUCAGAGCACCUCCCCAGCUGUUGCCCGUGCAAGUCUCCUUCCCCCGGCCUCUGAACACGCAGCGUCGCCUUUGGCCCCAGCUGGCCGUGGAGUAGAGGCCCUCAAAGCCACCUGCCAGGAUCUGCCCAAGGACAUAAGCAGGAGUUCUGACUCUGAAGAAGCCUUUGAGACCCCGGAGUCAACGACCCCUGUCAAAGCUCCGCCAGCCCCACCCCCGCCUCCCCCAGAAGUCAUCCCCGAGCCGGAGGUCAGCAGCACCCCACCAGCCCCAGAAGAACCAGGAUGCACUUCUGAGACUGUCACCGUCCCUGAUGGCCCGCCCAGUGACUCGGUGGAAGGAAGUCCUUUCCGUCCUCCCCACUCCUCCUCCUCGGCCGUGUUUGAUGAAGAUAAGCCCAUAGCCAGCAGCGGGACUUACAACCUGGACUUCGACAGCAUCGAGCUGGUGGACAAUUUUGAGAGCCUGGAGCCGCGCUCAUCAGACUGUAAGGGUCAGGAGUGCAAGGUGACCACCCGGAGGAAGUCCACCGAGUCCGUGCCCCCGUCCAAGUCCACGUUAUCCCGCUCGCUCAGUCUGCAAGCUGGUGACUUUGACGGGGCCUCCUGCCCGGGCAGCCCUGAGGCCGGGGCGCUCACCGCAGAUGCUUGUGGGACCGGAUCCAACAGUGCUUCCAGCACCCUUAAGCGAACUAAAAAACCUCGGCCACCUUCCUUAAAAAAAAAACAGACCACCAAGAAACCUCCAGAAACCCCUCCGGUGAAGGAGACUCAGCAGGAGCCAGCUGAGGAGAGUCCCGUCCUCGAUGAGGGGCACCUAGCGUCCGAGACCAACGCAGAGCCUGCCACGCCUGAGGGCUCUGGGUGUGCCUUGCCCGAGGAGACGCCCCUGGGACCUGCUGCUGUGCCCACAGCCACCUGCCCUCUGGCUUCCGAGGGUGCAGAAGACACCAGCCCCCCGCCGUCUGGAGGUGGCAGAGUGCAGAACUCGCCCCCCGUGGGGAGGAAAUCAGUGCCUCUUACCACAGCCCCUGAGACCAUCGAGGUGACGCCAUCGGAUAGCGGGGGGCAAGAAGACUCCCCCGCCAAAGGGCUCUCCGUGAGGCUGGAGUUUGACUAUUCGGAGGACAAGGGUAAUUGGGACAGCCAGCAGGACAACCCCCCUCCUACCAAAAAGAUAGGCAAGAAGCCAGUUGCCAAAAUGCCCCUAAGGAGGCCAAAGAUGAAAAAGACAUCAGAGAAACUGGACAGCGCUCCUGCCUCCCCCGUCAGGUCCCCCACGGAACCCAAUGACAUCCCCAUUGCUAAAGGUACCUAUACCUUUGAUAUAGACAAGUGGGACGACCCUAAUUUUAACCCCUUUUCUUCCACCUCAAAAAUGCAGGAGUCUCCCAAACUGCCCCAACAGUCAUACAACUUUGACCCCGAUGCCUGUGACAACGAGUCCCUUGACCCCUUUAAGACGUCCUCUAAGACCCCCAGCUCCCCUCCUAAGUCCCCAGCCUCCUUUGAGAUCCCAGCCAGCACCGUGGAAGCCAAUGGAGUGGACGGAGACGGGCCAAACAAGCCCGCCAAGAAGAAGAAAACGCCCCUCAAGACUGACACAUUUAGGGUGAAAAAGUCCCCAAAGCGGUCUCCUCUCUCUGAUCCGCCUUCUCAGGACCCCACUCCAGCUGCCACACCAGAAGCGCCCCCAGUCAUCUCCGCGGUGGUCCACGCCACAGACGAGGAGAAGCUGGCCGUCACCAACCAGAAGUGGACGUGCAUGACGGUGGACUUGGAUGCCGACAAACAGGACUUCCCGCAGCCCUCAGACCUGUCCACCUUCGUAAAUGAGACCAAAUUCAACUCGCCCUCGGAGGAGUUGGAUUACAGAAACUCCUAUGAAAUUGAAUACAUGGAAAAGCUUGGCUCCUCCUUACCUCAGGAUGAUGACACCCCGAAGAAGCAGGCUUUGUACCUUGUGUUUGACACCCCUCAGGAGAGCCCCAUCAAGUCUCCUCCAGUCCGGAUGUCGGAAUCCCCAACGCCAUGCUCAGGGUCCAGUUUUGAAGAGACCGAAGCCCUUGUGAAUGCUGCAGCGAAAAUCCAGCUUCCCGUCGCACGCACGCUGACCUCCAACCCCGAGCCACACUUGCAGCUGCCAGAGAAACCCUCACAGAAGGAGCUAGAGGCCAUGGCCUUGGGCACCCCGGCAGAGGCAAUUGACAUCACAGCUCCGGAGGGUGCCUUUGCCUCUGCGGACGCCCUCCUCAGCAGGCUGGCCCACCCUGCCUCUCUCUGUGGUGCACUUGACUAUCUGGAGCCUGACUUAGCAGAAAAGAACCCCCCAGUAUUUGCUCAGAAACUCCAGAGAGAAGCUGCCCACCUGCCCGAUGUCCCCAUCUCCAAAACCACCUUGUACUCGCGCAUCGGGCCGGCCGAGGUGGAGAAGCCCGCGGGCCUUCUCUUCCAGCAGCCGGACCUGGACUGCGCACUGCAGGUCGCCAGGGCCGAGGUCAUCACCAAAGAGAGAGAGGUCUCAGAGUGGAGGGACAAAUAUGAAGAAAGUAGGCGGGAAGUGAUGGAAAUGAGGAAAAUCGUGGCCGAGUAUGAGAAGACUAUCGCCCAGAUGAUCGGCAAGCCUGAGGACGAGCAGAGAGAGAAGUCAGUCUCCCACCAAACCGUGCAGCAGCUGGUCCUGGAGAAGGAGCAGGCCCUGGCUGACCUGAACUCCGUGGAGAAGUCCCUGGCUGAUCUCUUCAGGAGAUAUGAGAAGAUGAAGGAGGUUCUGGAAGGCUUCCGCAAGAAUGAAGAGGUGCUGAAGAAGUGUGCGCAGGAGUAUCUGUCCCGAGUGAAGAAAGAGGAGCAGAGGUACCAGGCUCUGAAAGUGCACGCGGAGGAGAAGCUGGACAGGGCCAAUGCUGAGAUUGCCCAGGUUCGAGGCAAGGCCCAGCAGGAACAGGCCGCCUACCAGGCCAGCCUGCGGAAGGAGCAGCUGCGAGUGGACGCCCUGGAACGAACACUGGAGCAGAAGAAUAAAGAAAUAGAAGAACUCACCAAGAUUUGUGAUGAACUCAUUGCCAAAAUGGGGAAAAGCUAACUCUGAACCACGUGCGUGGACUUGACCGUUGCGUGCAAUAUGACCGUCAGCACACUGAGUCCUUCAGCCCCACGACGGACAGGUUCUGUUCUCACGUUUCGUAUGCACUACUGGAUCUCCUUUCUAAACGAAGUUGAUUUGAUUGUAUGCAGUACCGAGGAGACGUAGCAGGAUUUCUUGCUAUUGGUUUGCGUUUUCCUAGUGUAAUUCAUAGCAAGUUGACCUCGGAGUUCCUGUAUCAGGGAGAUUGUCUGAUUCUCUAAUAAAAGACAACUUGCUGACCUUGGCCUUGCCCUUCGUCCACGAAUCCCCAGGGUGAGCAGCUUCUGACUGAACAUAAUAUGUACAGCCUCAUAGGGACUCUUGCCUUAAGGAGUGCAAACUUGAUCUGCAUUUGCCGGUUUGUUUAAAAAAAUGCAUGUUUCAAAUACAACUCUCUAUUGUAAAUAAAUUUUUUUCUUUGGAUCUUG